ACCUAAUGGUAAUUCUAACUUGGCUACAGAAAUGAACAUCUUUCUUCUGAAAACAAUACAGACUAAGAGAGUUUUGUGAAAGCUGUUUAGCUAUCAGAUUUAUGUUAUAGGUGAUAAAGCAGUUGUGUAAAAAGGGUGUGAUUGUUUGACGUUUUGGUCAAAUAAAAGUCUUCCGUCUAUGUGAGAACAGUUCCCACGCAUCCUGUUUCUCUGGAGAACAGACACAGGUGGACAACCUGUCAUUGUAACACAGCAGCGCUGCCAGAACAUCGGUCUUUUGUCCAUGGCACUUGAGCUCUUGCUGGAUCAGAGAUUGCUGAAUCGUAUCACCUUUAGAAAUGAGAUGAGAUGAGAAUCACUGCUGCAACGCGAUCCAGUGAAGGGUGGAUGAAGUGAUGAGGUUCCUCUGCUCAACCUGUGGGACGUGUAGAGCGCUGCGUGGGCAGGAAGAGCGGAGAGAAGUAGCAAAGGAUGGGAAGGAGGGUAUGGGGCCUCUGCCAGGGCUUCUCAACGGCUGUGCUUUAUGGCUCCCUGGCUCUAUUCAUCUCCAUUCUCCACAAUGUCUUCUUACUGUAUUAUGUCGAGACCUUUGUGUCUGUUUACAAGAUUGACAAGAUCUCAUUUUGGGUGGGAGAGACUGUGUUUCUGAUAUGGAAUAGCCUGAACGACCCUCUUUUUGGCUGGCUGAGUGACCGCUCAUUCCUGAGCUCUCCUCAGUCUGGGUCCCAGAUCACGUCCCCUGAGGUGGUCCUGAAGCGUCUGCAGGCACUGUCCCGCAGCGGGCCUCUCUUUGCCCUCUCGUUCCUGGCCUUCUGGGUGGCUUGGACCUGGCCUGGACUGCAGUUCCUCAUCUGCCUGUGUCUUUACGAUGGCUUCCUCACGGUGGUCGACCUCAACUACAAUGCCCUCCUGGCUGACCUGGCCGUGUCUGCACAUGACCGCACACGCCUCAACUUCCACAGUUCCUUGUUCAGUGCAAUGGGCUCGCUGUCCGUCUUCCUCUCUUACUCCUUCUGGAACAAGGAGAACUUCUACUACUUCAGACUUUUCUGCAUAACUCUAGCCUCUCUCUCAAUGCUGGGCUUUUUUGUGGUUUCACGUCUCCUGCAGCACCGGUUUCAGAACGAAGUCCAGCUGCGCAAGCACGAGAGCCAAGCACUCACUGAACUGAGUGUCGGUCAGGCUCCUUUAACCUCACCUGAGACGCCAGUCACUCUUGGGGAAUAUCUAAAGCAGCUAUCCCGCCACAAGAACUUUAUGUGGUUUGUUUCUAUGAACCUUGUACAGGUAUUCCACUGCCAUUUCAACAGCAAUUUCUUUCCUCUGUUUUUGGAGCACCUUCUGUCAGACCGUAUCUCUGCCUCCACAGGCUCCUUUCUGCUGGGCAUUUCUUACAUUGCACCUCAUCUGAACAAUCUCUACUUUUUGACUCUGUGCCAAAGACUGGGUGUCUACCAGGUUGUCCGCGGGCUCUUCCUCUUGAAGCUGGGCCUCAGUGUGGCCAUGCUCUUAGCCGGGGCGGACCACGUGUUCCUGCUCUGCAUCUUUAUUGCUAGUAAUCGCGUCUUCACCGAGGGCACUUGUAAACUUCUGAACCUGGUGAUCACAGACCUAGUGGAUGAAGACUUUGUGAUGAACCGCCGACAACAAGCAGCUUCUGCGCUGCUCUUUGGUAUGGUUGCCUUGGUAACCAAGCCUGGCCAGACCUUUGCCCCUCUCAUUGGUACCUGGCUGCUGUGUCUCUACACAGGAUAUGACAUCUUCGAGAGAAACUCGAUGGCUGAAGCACCAAUUGCAGCUCCUGUGGUCCCUGUGCCACUGCGUCAGGGUUGUUUUUAUCUGCUGGUGUUUGUGCCCAUUUCCUGUGCCCUUCUGCAGCUGCUGACGUGGUCUCGCUUCACUCUGCAUGGACGAAGGCUACAAAACAUCAAGAACCUAAGGCAGGGUGCCCAACACAGCCACCUCAUUUAUGUCAAGGCUAUCUAAUGUUCUUGUAAGCAUGGGAAGAGGAAAGAAAGAGGAGUGGAGGACACUCCCCAAGACCAGGCGUGCUGCCAACAGACCCUGAAUGGAGAAUGGUAAUGCCAAAUACUGCAAGAGACACUAAAGAGAGAAUGUAUGGUCCCAUCUUAUUGAAACCUGCCUUAUGUUUUGUUUUUACUAUUAUAUUGAGUAUGUGACCAAAAAUGAAUAGACGGUUUAACCAGUCUAGUGGUUUGGGACCUUAUUGAAAAAUACUGCCCCCAAACCUCCUGUUUUGAAGUUUCAGUGUAUAGUUAAAUGGGUUUAUAAUCAAGGCAAAUCAAAUCACAUCUCCCUUGCCUGUAUGUUUCCAGUUUAUGUGAAAAAAUACACUGUGUUCUGAGAAAGGGCAUGUUUACAGUAGGUUCAGCAGCGUUCCAGGGAUCUGUGGUUUUUUUUUAUUCUAUAUGGUCAAACUUAGGACUUAUACAUUGUCUUUGUAAUCUGUCCAGAUGAAGUUGUUUAGUGGCCAGUAACAUCUGUUUUAUAUAACUUUUUGAAAUUAAUUCAGUUACUCAUUGCUAUCAGUGAUUAUUAUUACUGAAAAAGUAUGUAUGUUAUUAUAGUUCACAUGAAAGUAAAUGCAGGCUGUGUGUUGUACUAGCAUGUAUAACCAACUUAUUUUUGUACCAAAUGUCCAAUUUGACUUUAUUUUUGUGUUUUAGAGGCAGAGCUGUCAAGACGGUAAUUAAAUCCUUGGCCAGUCUGACGUUAAAAUAAAAGUUGACUUCUCAAAGCUACAGAAAUAUUUUUGAAUAAGGGUUUUCCAAGUUAAUUUUUAUUACCAAAUUUAUAUUCUUAACUUUUAGUACAAAUACAAUUUUUGACACAUUUGUUAUAUUGCAAAUCGUUGAAAAUUUUUUUUAAAAAUGAAGAAAAGUCUUAAUAUUUUAGAUGGUCAAAACAUUUAUUUUGUCAACUACUGGUUGUGGCACAAUGAGCACAUCCUAUCCUUUAUUCAUAUUUCCUGAUUAUUUAUUGUAGUAAACAUUUGAGUCAUUUUAGAAAAUGUUCACAUUUUUAGACACAUAUGUGACUGAGGCCACUUACUGAACUAUGGCUUAUGAUGUAUGAGUUAUUUUAGUGCUUUUGCUCAUUGUAUGAUUAUUUUUGCUUGCAAAUAUAUGUUGUUUUCUAAUAUG